AGUUGUUCCAACGGUUUAGUUUAACAGAAUUUUGUAGCUUCGUGGAACCUCGUUUUAUUACCACAAAACGGCACAGCAUUUAGGUAAUGGCUUCUGUAAUGUUGUUAUGCUCGGCAACUCUUACUAUUUAAAGCCAAAACUGACAAGUGAUUGUUGGUUGGGUGUGAUUUCGUUGUUCUGGAAGAUCUCAGGGCUUAGCUAUUGGCAUUUUAGUGGAAGUCCUGAUAGCCCAUGGGACUGAAAUGGCAUUGUUUUUAGCACAGUUCCCACAGUGUAGUGCAAGGAGAGUCUGAAGGCUUUGGUUUGAAAAGGGGCAUGUGGCAUAUUGUAAGAGCCUGCUCCUUCCAUUUCUGCUUUACACAAGCUUUGUAAGUCUGCAAGGUUCCAGUUCCCAAACCAAACUCAUUAAUGAUGAUUUUUGGUGAAACCUUAAAAUGAAUUUUCUUUCAGCGUUCAAAACCAAAACCUACUCUUGGUGACACGUGGCAGAUGUCUUGUUUUAGGGUAUAUGGCCAUGUUUUGUUACUUUCUGGAAUCAAAUUGAAAGGUAAAUUAAAAAUGGAUUUGGUAAUUCAGCUCCAUGCGCACGAGACAAAACAGUAUAUAUCAGCCAGUGUUCUUCCACAAUUUCUUGUGGGGAAGGAUUAUAAGGCAGUUAGCUGAACUUAAUUAACUGUGAAAAUGGUAGGAGCAAGCUGUACAUAUGCUCAUGAUCUUUUAUUAAUUUACAUUUGUAAAUUAAGGAGGUUUGAUAGACUUGGUCACUAUAGAGAACUGGCUCUAAAUUAUUUAUUGAUAAUCAACUUUCCGUUUUUUGUUUUGUUUUUGACCUUGCUCUCCCCUGAAUUGUUUGCUUUUGAGGAAGUAAUAAUGGCACUGGGAUGGUUACAUCUUAGAGAAAGAUGCUUUUUUAUUCACAGGCUGUUUUUUUUUAAUAACAGUCUUCUAUUUACAUUGGUUCUCAUCUAAUGAGCCUUUUAACCAAACUUCAUAUUCAGUAUUCCUCUCAGAACGGUGGGAUGUACCGUGUGCUCCUGUCUACUCAUUUUUCCUGGUCACAAAGAAAAUAGUUUUAAGCCUUCGCCUAAUCCUCUUUUAAUUACCAGCCUGGCACAGAUUAUGUGGAAAUUAUUAGCCCGUACAAUAAUUAAGCUGCUUACACAAUUACAAUUACAAAAAGUGACCAGAUUAAUUGCACAUCCAAAAUAAAUUACGGGUCCAAAGUUCAGUGGCUUUGCAAGCAUUUUCUGCAGAGAACCUCCUUAAAUUGCACCUGUGUUACUGUUCCUAUGUAUGUGUGUCUCUCUAUCACAUAACCCAGCACUUCUUUCCUCAGCCACAUAGCUAGGGGCCGAGCCUAGCCAUGCUUUUACCUCCAAUGGAUGCAAGUUUCUUUGGUGAAGAUUUCUCCUGAGAGUUCAAGACUAGCAGAAAGAAGCGAGGAAAUUGCGACCGUUUGGUUCUUACGGAUAGGUAUGAUGGGCGUGGCCACCUGCAUGACCUUUCUGAGUACGAUGCCGAAUAUUCGACUUGGAACAGAGAUUACCAAUUGUCAGAAGAGGAGGGCAGAAUAGAAGCCCUCUGUGAUGAAGAGAGAGGAAGAAUAUAAGAGGCUGAGCGAAGCUUUGGCUGAAGAUGGGUCCUAUAAUGCAGUGGGAUUUACCUACAGUAGCGAUUAUUAUGAUCCUUCAGAACCCACUGAAGAAGAGGAACAGCCUUCAAAGGCAAAAGUUGCUGCUACCAAGGCAGAAAGCAUUGAAGAAAACGAAGAACCGUUUAUUGCCCCUUUGGGAUUGAAUGUACCUUCUGAUGUGGAACUGCCCCCAACAGCCAAAAUGCACGCCAUCAUAGAACGGACUGCCAAUUUUGUUUGCAAGCAAGGAGCUCAGUUUGAGAUUAUGCUGAAAGCAAAACAAGCUCGAAACUCUCAGUUUGAUUUCCUGCGAUUUGAUCACUACCUCAAUCCUUACUACAAAUUUAUUCAGAAAGCUAUGAAGGAAGGGCGCUAUGCUACAUCUUCGGAAAAGAAAAAAGAGGAGGAAAAAAGUGCAACGAACACUGACGACGAAGAUGACGACGACGAUGGAGAAAAUUAUCUGCAUCCAAGCCUCUUUGCUUCUAAAAAGCGGAGCAGACUGGAGGAGCUCAUGAAGCCUCUGAAGGUGGUGGAUCCCGAUCACCCAUUGGCAGCCCUUGUUCGGAGAGCCCAAGCUGACAACUUGGCUGCCCCUCAGACGGGCGAGGGGGCGACAGCACAGUCAUCUCAAGUGGAAUAUUCUUCGGAUCCAACGAUGGCAGCCAUGUACUACAGUUAUUACAUGUUGCCCGAUGGAACUUACUGCCUCGCCCCGCCACCCCCAGGGAUUGACAUGGCCACUUACUACAGCGCCCUGCCAGCCGGGGUGACGGUAUCAAGCACUACCGGCGUAGCCACGAUAACAGCACCUCCGCCUCCCGGCACGACACCACCGCCAUCUUCGGAAGCCAGCGAGGACACAAGUGGUGUAUUGCCUGUCACGAGCACUUCAGCAAGCUCAAUUCCUCCAGUGGUAGCCAUCAUUCCUCCACCUCCAGAUAUCCAGCCUGUAAUUGACAAGCUCGCAGAGUAUGUUGCAAGGAAUGGGAUUAAAUUUGAGACUAGCGUUCGUGCCAAGAAUGAUCCAAGAUUUGAAUUUCUGCAGCCUUGGCAUCAGUACAAUGCCUACUACGAAUUUAAGAAACAGUUCUUCCUUCAGAAAGAGGCCAGUGACAGCUCAAAGCAGGUCACCUCUUUAUCGGAGGAUGUCUCUGCUGACGCACCCAGCGUAACAUCAGGAGAGGCCCAGUUUCCGGCCGACCAGACACCCGAAGAUGCUGAUUCAGCUGCUCAAGCAAAUAACGCGAAGGACCCAACCGCCAGCAAAGUCAUCAGUGAUGGCAAACUGGUGAAAGCUUCAUUCGCCCCGAUAAGCUUUGCAAUCCGGGCCAAAGAAAAUGACAUGCUUCCCUUGGAGAAAAACCGUGUGAAACUCGAUGACGACAGCGAUGAGGAGGACGAGGAAGGCAAAGAGGGCCAAGAGAAUGCCAGCAGCAGCUCCAACAGUGCCGCCGUGCUUGCCCCCCCCAGCAGCGCUCCCGAAGAAAAGAAGCCACAGCUGACCCAGGAGGAGCUGGAAGCCAAACAAGCAAAACAGAAAUUAGAAGACAGAUUGGCAGCUGCAGCAAGAGAAAAACUAGCCCAGGCUUCCAAGGAAUCGAAAGAAAAACAGCUGCAAGCGGAACGCAAGAGGAAAGCGGCCCUCUUCUUGCAAAACCUGAAGAACCCACUGGCAGACAUAGAAGUUGAAAAAAUGGAGGAAAGUGCCUUUAAUAUAGAGACGGUCAGUAAUAUCCCGUGCACUCUGUUGACCGGCAUUCGGACGUUGCCAGUCUUGGAAGCAAAGGUGCCUGAAAGGCCUUCAAGCAAAUGCAGAGAUCUCCCCAGAGAAGAAGAGAAAGAGAGGAAGAAAAAGAAGCACAAGAAAAGGUCCAGGUCCAGGUCCCAGUCUCCCCCUUCCAAGUACCACCCAUCUUCUAAGGCCAGGUCUCGAUCACAUUCAAAAGCCAAGCACUCGCUCCCCACCGCCUACAGAACCGUCCGGCAUUCCAGGUCUCGCUCGAGGUCACCCAGAAGACGGGUGCGCACACCCGAAAGGCAUCGAGAAGAGAGGAACGUUCCAACCGCCUAUCGCGUGAGCAACAGCCCAGGCAUCAGCAGAAGGCGUACCCGUUCCAGAAGCCCUCACGACAAGAAGAAGAGGCGAACUCACUCCCACGCCAAGUCUAAAGCGAGAUCCCAUUCACCUUCCAUCUCACCGGGAAAACAGUCUGCCCAUAAGAAUUCCAGUCACUCAGCCAGCAUCUCUCCUGUGGAGAGUCGGGGAUCCAGCCAAGAACGUUCUGGGGGAGUUCCUUUGGAAAAAGAGGGCCAGAUCUCUUCUGCAAUUGUGUCUUCGGUUCAGAGUAAAAUCACUCAGGACCUUAUGGCCAAGGUGAGGGCAAUGCUUCAAGCUUCCAAAAAUAUUUCUACCAGUGCCUCCUGAGAUGGAAAGAUGGAAGCUCUAAAAAGAACUGAAAGUCCCAGUUAGCUACAGAAAAAGAGCCCUCUUGCAGCGCUGCUGAGUUUUUUCCCACGAAACCUCCUUUGGAUAAAAACAGCCAUGGAGGAGAGCAUUGUAAAUUAUGUUUUGAUCGGUUCUUCAGUAAGAAUUUUACUACAAGUGGUGCCUGUAUAUUUGUAAAUAUAACAUUCCUGCGAGUGUUACACAAAUAAAAAUGCAGAGAAAUGCUUUUUAUUAGCUAAA